UCCCCCUCUCGUCCCACAGCCGCCACCCCCAACCCUCUCGAUCCCCCACCACCCAGCCGCUGCCAGUGCCGUCCUCCGUCCUCUCCCCCAACCCCGGCCGCCGGCAACCCCUCCCCUCCCCUUCUCUCCCAAGGCCGCGGUCGGAUCCGCGCUCCCUCCUCGCUCAUGACCUAGACCUAGCCGCAUGGCAUGGCCAUGGACAUGGCGGCGGCCAGAUCCACCCCCUCCCCUGCUCCGUUCCCUCGACGCCCAGCGGCCAGAUCCACCACCUCCCCUGCUCCCUUCCCUCUCUCCCAGAUCCAUACGCAGCCGCCGCCAUCCCAUCCCCUUCCCUUCCCUCACCUCACAAUCUCCCUCUCCCCGACCCAUACCUCCCUCUCUCUGCCAUCCCAACCCCUACCCCACCGCCGGCCUCCCCCAUCCCCACCGCCGACGACCUCCUCAUCUCCCCCAACCUUAGCCCCGCCGCCGCGUCCCUCCUCCUCCUCUCCCACCGCGCACAGAUCGGCGAGGCACCACAUCUGGUGGCUGACGUCUCCGCCUCCGCCGGCCAGGUGCUCGUCAAGCGGCUCCAGGAGUCUCCGCCUUCGCCGGCGCCGCCGGGCGCCCCCCGCCGUGGCGGCGUUGGUCCGGCAGGUGAUGGCAUCGGCAGAGCUCGGGGCCAAGAUGGGGCGGCAGCUGGUGGAGGCGGUGGGCCUGCCCCGCACCGUGAUGGCCUGCGGCGACGUCAUCUACCGCAGCACGCUGCCCCGCCAGGACGGCCAGCCCGACCUCCUCCAGUCCGGCUCCAGCACCUUCGAGAUUCUUGAGACUGCAUUCAAGAAGGAGAAUGUCAGCCUAGUUAUGAGGGAGCAGUAUGUUGAGAAGAAGAGAAAGCCGAGAAGGACUCCAACAAGCCCAAGUGCCCCUGAGUGCUUUCUUAGUCUUCAUGGACAACUUCCAGAAGGACUCCAACAUCAAGCAGGUCUCCAUGGUUGGCAAGGCCGGUGGUGAGAAGUGGAAGUAUCUUGAGUGACGCUAAGGAGAAGUCUCCCGAUGUUGCCAAGGAUGAGAUGCUCAAGGCCGAGUACACCAAGAAGGUCAAUGCUUACAACUACCCAUAUGUAUAACAUUCAUGCCAAACACCUCCAUCAGAAUCAUAGCCCCGUGAGAUUAACACAACAUUGUGGUACUGAUCCACGCUCUUUCGAGCCUAUCCCUGUUUCAGGCAGGAGAGGCAUCGAGCAAAUCUGACAAGUCCAAGUCUGAGGUGAGCGACAAGGACGACGACAACGAGGGUGACUAGUGAUGCGGCACACCAAGCAACAGUGGGGGAAGGGGUUCUCUAGAAUGUCGCCGUUGCCGCUUAUUGCUGAAGUCACCAAUUUAUGAUUGAUGGUCGCUGUUAGUUUAGCUCCUUGGUAGUCCCUCUUUCAAGCAGCUGCAGUUGGUAGAAAUGGUAGCUACCGUGUCCCAUGUAGUUCAUGUUCUCAGACUGCCCUUUGUUGCUUCAAUUUGAUGUUAAUUUAGUCUCUGUUGAAUGUACCUACUGUGUGCUCGUGGCUGUUUCAAAAGUCCUUUCAUGUUGAAAGAAAUAAAAUGCUCUCGCUACUUGUUCGAA